GCCACUGGGCUUCCCGGUCGCGGGGCGUGAGCGGCGCCGACCUGGGGCGCCAGGGGGACCCACCGGGCGGAGGAGGGGGCCUAUCUACCCUUCCGCAUUUUCCUGGGUCUCUCUCCCGGGCGGUGACGUGACGUGCUGACGGCGGGCCCGUGCCGGGGAGCUGGGCCGCUUUUUGUCAGCUCCGAGCUCGGCCCCUCCUCCCUCCCUCCGCCCGCCCCACCAGCCGGAGCCCGGCCCAGUGCUCCAGAGAAAGGCCGGCCUGCAGCACCCGCCACCGUCGGCGACCGCUCGUACGCCCGUUCGACCAGAAUAGUGAUGUUCUGCAAAAGGAGCUGAGGGAUGUUGGAGAGGGACCUUGAGAGUUUAUCACGAAGGCCUUGCUCCAGAAAAGUGAGGUGUAACUGAUGAAAGUUAAAGGCCAUGGAUGAAGAUGGACUUGAAUUACAACCCCAAGAGCCAAAUUCGUUUUUUGAUGUAACAGGAGCUGGUGCUGCACACAUGGAUGGUGAUCAAAUUGUUGUGGAAGUCCAAGAAACUGUUUUUGUUUCAGAUGUUGUGGAUUCAGAUAUAACUGUACAUAACUUUGUUCCUGAUGACCCAGACUCAGUUGUAAUCCAAGAUGUUAUUGAGGACGUUGUUAUAGAAGAUGUUCAGUGUCCAGAUAUCAUGGAUGAAGCAGAUGUAUCUGAAACAGUCAUCAUUCCUGAGCAAGUGCUGGAUUCCGAUGUAACAGAAGAAGUUUCUUUGACGCAUUGCACGGUUCCAGAUGAUGUUCUAGCUUCUGAUAUUACUUCAGCUUCAAUGUCUAUGCCAGAGCAUGUCUUGACAGGUGAAUCUAUACAUGUGUCUGAUGUUGGACACAUCGAGCAUGUGGUCCAUGAUAGUGUGGUAGAAGCAGAAAUUGUCACUGAUCCUCUAACCACUGAUGUAGUUUCAGAAGAAGUGUUGGUAGCAGAUUGUGCCUCGGAAGCAGUGAUUGAUGCCAAUGGGAUCCCUGUGGACCAGCAAGAUGACAACAAAAACAACUGUGAGGACUACCUAAUGAUAUCCUUGGAUGAUGCUGGCAAAAUAGAACAUGACGGUUCAUCUGGAAUAGCCAUGGACACAGAGGCAGAGAUAGAUCCUUGUAAAGUGGAUGGCACUUGUCCUGAAGUCAUCAAGGUGUACAUUUUUAAAGCUGACCCAGGAGAGGACGACUUAGGUGGCACCGUAGACAUUGUAGAGAGUGAGCCUGAGAAUGAUCAUGCAGUUGAACUACUUGAUCAGAACAACACUGUCCGUGUUCCCAGGGAAAAGAUGGUUUAUAUGGCUGUCAAUGACUCACAGCAAGAAGAUGAAGAAAUAAAUGUCGCAGAAAUUGCUGAUGAAGUUUAUAUGGAAGUGAUCGUGGGCGAGGAGGAUGCCGCCGCAGCAGCUGCGGCUGCUGUGCACGAACAGCAAAUAGACAACAGUGAAAUGAAAACCUUCAUGCCAAUCGCGUGGGCAGCAGCGUAUGGUAAUAAUUCUGAUGGAAUUGAAAACCGGAAUGGCACUGCAAGUGCCCUCUUGCACAUAGAUGAGUCUGCUGGCCUCGGCAGACUGGCUAAACAAAAACCAAAGAAAAGGAGAAGACCUGAUUCCAGGCAGUACCAAACAGCAAUAAUUAUUGGCCCCGACGGUCAUCCCUUGACAGUCUACCCUUGCAUGAUUUGUGGGAAGAAGUUUAAAUCGAGAGGUUUCUUGAAAAGGCACAUGAAAAACCAUCCUGAACACCUCGCCAAGAAGAAAUACCGCUGUACUGACUGUGAUUACACUACCAAUAAGAAGAUAAGUUUGCACAAUCACCUGGAGAGUCACAAGCUCACUAGCAAGUCUGAGAAGACCACUGAAUGCGAUGACUGUGGGAAGCAUUUUUCUCACGCUGGGGCUUUGUUUACUCACAAAAUGGUGCAUAAGGAAAAAGGAGCCAACAAAAUGUACAAGUGUAAAUUCUGUGAAUACGAGACAGCUGAACAAGGGUUGCUGAAUCGCCACCUCUUGGCGGUCCACAGCAAGAACUUUCCUCAUAUUUGUGUGGAGUGUGGCAAAGGUUUUCGCCACCCAUCAGAGCUUAAAAAGCACAUGAGAAUCCAUACCGGGGAGAAGCCGUACCAAUGCCAGUACUGCGAAUAUAGAUCUGCAGAUUCUUCGAAUCUGAAAACACAUGUAAAGACUAAGCAUAGCAAGGAGAUGCCAUUCAAGUGUGACGUUUGUCUUCUGACUUUCUCAGAUACCAAAGAUGUGCAGCAACACGCUCUUAUCCACCAAGAAAGCAAAACACACCAGUGUUUGCAUUGCGACCACAAGAGCUCCAACUCCAGCGAUUUGAAGCGACACAUAAUUUCAGUUCACACCAAGGACUAUCCCCAUAAGUGUGACAUGUGUGAUAAAGGUUUUCACAGGCCUUCAGAACUCAAGAAGCAUGUGGCUGCCCACAAGGGUAAAAAAAUGCAUCAGUGUAGACAUUGUGAUUUUAAGAUUGCAGAUCCAUUUGUGCUAAGUCGCCAUAUUCUCUCGGUUCACACCAAGGACCUUCCGUUCAGAUGUAAGAGAUGUAGAAAGGGAUUUCGGCAACAGAAUGAGCUUAAAAAGCACAUGAAGACCCACAGCGGUCGGAAAGUGUAUCAGUGUGAGUACUGUGAGUAUAGCACUACAGAUGCCUCAGGCUUUAAACGGCACGUUAUCUCCAUUCAUACGAAGGACUACCCCCACCGCUGUGAGUACUGCAAGAAAGGGUUCCGAAGACCCUCCGAAAAGAACCAGCACAUAAUGCGACAUCAUAAAGAAGUUGGCCUGCCCUAACAAUACUUCCACCGUCGUUUACAGAGAAACUGGCCUUGAAGCAUAAAGUUCAUUUAAAAGCCAACCAGUCUUGUUCACAUACAAUACUGUAUAUUGAUUUAUGCUGUGUACAAAUAGAAUUAUGCUUAGUUGACUUUUUUUUUUUUACAUUUUGUUCAGUAGUGUGUUCUGAGUUCUAUUCAGUUUGUUUAAUAAAUGGGGAAAAGCAGCAACCAGCUAGUUGCUUUUAAUAAAGCAGUCCCUGCUUCUACAUUGAAUUUUUCUAUCUUAGAAGUUUUGCAUUUAUUUAAGUACUUAAUCUGGCUUACCUUGAUGGUACUCUUCUAAGACCCUUAAGGUAACUUCAGAUUGCUAACUCUUGAAAGUACUCAUGUUGACUUUUUUCCCAUAAAUUUCUCACAAUAAAAUUUUCAGAGAUAUCUAAUGGGAAUGGGUGAUUUUCUGGUCAGGUCUAAUGAUCACAAUGUGGAAGUCAUUUGCUUAUCUUCCUUAAUGUUUUCAGACCAUAUGGCCAUGAAAGUUUCCAUUUGAGCUUUUGUGUCCCUGGCUGAGUAAAGAACAAUGGCUAGGUUCGUGUUUAUUUGUUUUUUGUUUUUUUCAUUUUGUUUAGCAGACAAAAUAUACUUCUUAUAGUUUUCUUUGGACUAUUUACAGCAAAGCUUUAGAAAACCUUAUUGGAACAUUUUGCUCGAUUCUGUUUUGAUUAUUCUAUCUGUGCUGCUUUUUCUUGGAAUGGUUGUGUGCUAUAAAUGAAAUUUUACAGAGGACUCCAUUUUGGAAUCUCCUAGAGGCAAACUUGCAGCUCAUAAGAUUUUUUUUUUGCAACUUUCUAUAUGUAAAUGUACCCUGAAUUAUAUAUAUACAUAUAUAUAUAACAUGUAUCUGUGUGUAUUGAUUAUUUUACAUGUUUAUACACACAUCCCCCAGUAGUUGUUGUUUAAAGUCUAUAAUGAAAAGUAUUAAAUUUACAAUAACAGGAGAGAUGCAGGGAUGCGUGUGAGAGCAUUUUGUAAGUCUUGCUCUUCAGAGAGAUUACUCAGGUGAAGAAUUUGAAGGAAAAUAAGGACACUAGUAUUUUUAAAGAGAAAGAUAUUUUCUUUUAAAUAUCUUUGGUAAUUAAGAAAUAAUCGAAAAAUAGAGGUUAAGAUGUUUAUAGAGGAAAAUGUUUUCAUAUAGUUUCAGCUCCAUGCCUUUAUAUUUUUCUGAAAAGCUAAUGGGUAUUAGAUAGGAGCCCUUCCGUUCUCUCUGAGAAGGCCGAGAGAGAACCCCGUCUCAGCAAAUGAGGGAGGGACGGAACAGAAUGCCAUGGCCCCGUGGACCAGAGAAAGGGGUACUAAUUAGGACUUAUGCUUUGUAAAUUCAACCUGCUCUCUGUUAUUCCCUCAAAGUUACAAUUAGCAAAUGUUAAAAGCUUACCACUCAAGUUGGCUUGGAUUAGAACGAUACAGGUGUUCCAAGUGCCUAAAUCAUGUCUGAGGCCUGUUUGGAACUCUUGUCGUUCACAGUUCUCUUUUUCUUUGACAGUUGGGGCAAUUUUUACUCUGUAGGUCUGACUGCAUAAUGAAUUUGUAAAGUGAACUUGGUUAAUUAGAAUUUAGUUGUGUUAAGAUGACUCUUGGGGAACAAAAACCGCUUUUAAGAGUCCCUGGAAUUGGCUUUUGGCACACAUAAUCUGGCACAUCAUGGGAAAUUUAGACAUUUCUUUUUCUCCCACUUGAUAACUGCCUUGUCCACCUUGUUAAUGGUGCUCCACCUUCUUCAUGCCUUUAGGGUUGUUUUUGUUUUACCUUUCAUCUUCACCUUUGCCAUCACUAUUUGUAUCAAGAGUUACAGUUUUAGGGUUAGAUAACUAAAAUAUUUGGUAUUUGGCAAGGCUCUGAAGUAUUAGAUUGGUCUUGUCUAGUUCUAAGUCAAGUGCUUUAGACUGGUAUAAAUUCUAAUUGAAAUGCCAGUCAGAGCCAAGGUGUGUGCACACUGGGCUCCCUAGUCCAACAGGGAAUUCCUGUGCCAUUGUAGCUCCCCCUUAAUGUACUUUUUGGAAAAGUAAUUUAAUAAUUAUAUGAUUUAUUGCCCUGCUAUUCUUGAAAGCUCUGUCUGUUUUUUUGUGAGAACCUUUAAAGAUCUGCCCCAGAAAUAUGGUAAAACACUUAAAUGAAAGUGGAAAUUUUUAUUAAUUUUAAAACAUUCUGUAAAUUUAAUAAGGAAAAUAUUCAUCAAUUAGGCCAUUUAAGUAUAUUUUUUUAAAUAAACUGAAAGAUAAAGAACACAAUACUUUACAUACUUUAUAUUUCUCUUUACAUAAUCUGGAAUUAUAUACAGUUCUUUUCUUUUUAAAGCACAAUAUCGAAGCCUUUAAAAGGUAUUUAAGGGUUUGGUCAAGUGAAUAUAAAAUGUGUGUGUCUGUAUAAAGAGAAAAUGGAAUUGUCGUCACUGUUAUGUACUGACAUUAGUUACAAUUAGUUUUAAUUGCUAAAACAAUUUUCAUUAGCAAAGCUAAAAAAAUGAUGUUUCAGUUAAAUGUUUUAAAGAGGUACAGAUUUUUACAAGGACAUAAUAUAAGUUAUUGUUCUGUAGAAAUAUCUUAUUAAAUAUUGUACGUCCCUCCCUCUGUACACUUUGUAAAAAAAAAGUAAAGUACAUAAAAAGAAAAUCAUAUAGGGAUGUGUGACAUUAUUGUAAUUGUGUACUUGAGAAUAACGUGCAAAAAUAAAAAUCAGAAUAUUUUCCUGUUAACGAAUGUUUAGUCUAUUUGAUACCAGUACUAAGUUAAUGCUUUUUUCUUAAGAAAAAAAAUGUACAGUUUUUGUAAGCCAAUAAACAUCACAAGUGAUGGGUUAUUUUCACCCCUCCCCAUUUCUUAUUUCUUUUUAUGUAGCAAUGGAAUACAGAAUGUUUGAUUACUUUGAGUUUUGUGACUCAGAUACAAAUACUGAUAAUAUUUCAGUCCUGUGAAUUUGCAAGUAAUAUUUCAGAGAAGAUGGGAGGUGAUUGGUGAGUCCUUUGAUGAGCAUGUCAUUGAAAUUCAUUUUUUGCUUUUUAUCUUCUUAAAAUAUUUGUUUUGUUAGCACCUCUAGUUCCCCUGAGACCAAUUACCCAUGCACAAAG